GCGGCGGCAGAGGCGGUCGCGGCAGCCGCCGCUCUCAGCGGGAGGGCGGGCUGGAGCCCUCUCCACCGUGCCGCCGCCACCGCCAUGGAGAAACAGCCCGGCGGCGAGGACGACUGCGUGGACUCGGGAGCGGAGACGGGCGGGUCUGAGUACAGCCGUAUGUCCUCUACCAGCAGUGAACUUUCUGUGGAAGGCAUACAAGACCCAUUCCUUGUAAGUGUACAUAUUAUCACAGACCCAGGUGAAUCCAAGACUCUUCAGCAAGCCAUCGAUAAGCUUCUAGCCUGGAUCCAUCCAGACCUCCAGCUGUUCCGAGUCUCAGAAAGACGAGUGCCCAAGAAGCGCAGGAAGCCAGUUAAGGCUGGUGUUUCUCAGCCAGCUCUUGCCAUCAUUCUGUUUCUGCAGGAGGAGUAUGGAGAAGAACCAAUCUUGCAGCUCCACGAAACCUUUCAGCGGCCACCUUGGCAUUACCACCACACAGAGCUAAUGCAUGGGAAAUUCCUCCCUUACAUGCCUUGCAGCCAAGACUUUUACACUUUGGCUCCAGAGACUCCUCUGUGGGCCAUUCGCCCAGUGCACUACGGGAAAGAAAUGAUCCGCUUCACCAUAUACUGCAGGAACGAAAACUUUGUGGACAUUUUGAAAUUGUAUGAGUUAAUAUUGAAAAGACCUGUAUGUCAGAAAAAAGCAGACUUUUGUGUUUUUCCUGUCUAUUCUAACAUGGAAAUAGACAUUCAGUUUUCUUUAAAGAAACUUCCAAAGGGCCAGGUGCCAAUGACGACAGAGUCAGCAGUGCUGGAGUUUAGAGUAAAAGAUGUGGGGCAGCUUGUGCCUCUCUUGCCCAACCCAUGCAGCCCCAUCAGUGAAGACAGAUGGCAGACAGAAGACCAUGAUGGAAAUAGGAUCCUUUUGCAGCAAGCACGCAGUUGGUGUAGGAAGGCUGCAAAGCAGAGCAAGCAAUCGUAUCCAUCUCUGUCAACAGAUUCCCACUUCACCACUCUGCCAGCCUUUCUUCCUCAGAGCCACCUAUCUAUCUCUGAACAACCACAAGAAAUGGGUCAAAAAAAGGUACAUCCCAAGAACGGCCUUGGUCAUUAUCUUGGUUUCUCCCAGGAGGACUUGAGACACAGUGAUGAGGGAGACUUCACGCACAGAUCCAGCAGUGCCUCCAGCAUUUCAUGGUCAUUUCAACGAAGCAGGUCUCUGUUCUGCUUGCCCACAGUGAACUCCUCUUCAGCGUCAGAGACAUUUCAUUUCAGUGAACCAUUUCAUUUUUUAAAUGCUGGGUCAACUGCAACCAGGUUAAAAACAUGGAAAUGCAGUCCCAAGCUUAACAUUGAUGACUUGGAAGGUGCCCAAGAGACUGAUGUGGAUACAGGGAUGAAGCUGUCCUUCUCAGACCUGUCUGUGGUUUCUGCAUACUCUUCCCUUAAUGGAUUUUGCAGUGAGUUGGCAGACUCUCUUCCCCUACAGAAACAAACUGUCAGUAAGGCUAAACAGGCGGCCACCAGUGGAAGGCCUGUUUCAGCCAUGUGCAAUACUUUUGAGUCAGUUGAUGAUUCAUUGCGUUCUCUUUCUGAAUGGUCUUCCAGCUCUUUCACAUCAGCAUCUCCCACCAAGCAUCACAAACAGUCCUUGAGAGCAGCUCCAUGUUCUCUGGACAAUCAUGCUUGCCCAGCUUCACCAGUUAAUGAAGAAGAAUUUUACAUCUGAGGUUUCUCUAUCUUAUACCUUCCAGGGCAAACGUGUUCUACUUGUGAAUGGCAGCAGUGGGUCCACCUUGAGCAUACAGAAGGUUCCUCGCUGAGGAGAAGGUGAUGCAGCAGAGCACAUUAAAUAUUUGAAGAAAAUACUCAGAACCCUCUGAGAUGGGUAUUCCCAAACUAGGUACAGUAAAGCAGUCUGAGCUUGUGCCUUUACCUUUGUACUGGAGGAGAUGAUCAGCACAGAGGCUUUUCCACAGCACUGCAAGGUGGAUGUUUUCUGUGACUGACCCUUUGGUGGUGAAAGAAAUGCCAGAAGAGGCAUAUAGUAUUCCAUUUUAAUUUGGCAGAAAAUGAAGAUUAAUUUGUGAUACCAAACUGCUUUAACUUUAUGAGAAAUUCCUUUAACUCAAGAAAGACGGGAGAAGAAAGGGGUCUUAUUUCACUUUCACAAGUUCCAAAGGCAGCUCUAAGCACAGCAGGUCCCAGCAGUACCUCUCAAGUAGAGUCAGGCAAGAAGUUUCCUGUGAGGAGACACACGAUUCCUUCUAACCUCUGAGACCUGGCAGUGGUGAGGAGGGGGAGAACCACAGAAUCAUCAAGGUUGUAAGAGACCUUCAAGACUGUCUAGUCCAAGUGUCAACCUAGCACUACCAUAAUCACCCCUAAAACAUAUUCCCAUGUGCCAUAUCCAGCUGCCUCUUGAACACUUCCAGAGACUGACUCCACCACCUCCCUGGACAACUUAUUCCAAGGCCUAACCACUCUUUCAGUGAAUAAUUUUUUUCUAAUAUCUAAUCUGAAACUCCCCUGGUGGGGGAGGUUAAUUUCUGCUCAUCCUUGCACUUGUGACAUGGCAGAAGAGACUGACCACCACCUCACUACAACCUUCUUUCAGGUGGUUGUAGAGAGCAGUGAGGUCUCCCCUGAGCCUUCUUUUCUCCAGGCUAAACAGCCCCAGUUCCCUCAGUUGUUCCUCAUAAGAUUUUGCUGCAGACCCUGCCCUACCUCCAUUGCCCUUCUCUGGACUCACUCCAGCACCUCAAUGUCUUUCUUGUAGUGAGGGGCCCAAAACUGAACACUGGAUUCGAGGUGUGGCCUCACCAGUGCCGAGUAAAGUGGGACAAUUGCUGCCCUGGUUCUAUACUGGCCACACUGUUGCUGACAAAGGCCAGGAUGCCAUUGGCCUUCUUGGCCUCUUGGGCACACUGCUGGCUCAUAUCCAGCUGGCUGUGAAUCAGCACCCCCCAGUCCCUUUCCACUAAGCAGCUCUUAAGGCACUCUUUCCCCAGUCUGUAGCUCUGCCUGGGGUUGUUGUCACCCAAGUGCAGGACCCAGCACUUGGUUCAUGUUAUUGAGCCUCAUACCAUUGUCCUCAGCCCAUUGACCCAGUCUGUCAAGAUCUCUCUGUAGAGCCUUACAACCCUCCAGCAGAUCAACACUCCUGCCCAACUUUAUGUCUUCUGUGAACUGACUGAGGAUACACUCAAUCCCCUCAUCUAAAUCAUCGAUGAAGAUGUGAAAAAGGACUGACCCCAAUACUGAGUCCUGAGUAACACCACUAGUCACCAGCCACCAAAUGGAUUUAGUUUCAUUCACCACCACUCUCUGGCCUUGGCCAUCCAGACAGUUUUUCACCCAGCAAAGAGUACACCUGUCCACGUGCAGCCAAUUACUUCAGGCGAAUGCUGUGAGAGAUGGUGUCAAAGGCUUUACUGAAGUCUAGAUCGACAACAUCCACCACCUUUCCCUCACCUCCUAAGUGGGUCACUUUGUCAUAGAAGGUGAUCAGGUUGGUCAAGCAGGACCUACUUUUUGUAAAUCCUGGGGGCCUGAUACCCUGAUUGUCCUGUAGAUGCCAAUUGAUGGCCCUCAGGAUGAUCUGCUCCAUGACCUUCCCUGGUACCAAGGUCAGGCUGAUAGGCCUGUAGUUUCCCAGAUCUUCCUUCCAACCCUUGUAGAUGGGCAUUAUAUUUGCUAAUUUACAGUCAGCUGGGACUUCUGUAUUUAACCAGGACUGCUGGUAAAUGAUUGAAAGUGGUUUGGCAAGCUCUUUUGCCACUUCCCUCAUUACUCUUGGGUGCAUCCUAUCUAGGCACAUAGGUGUCUGACUGGAACCCUUUCCUCCUGAAUUAUAGGGGCUUCAUUCUACUCCCUGUCUCUAACUUCCAGCUCUGGUAGCUGGAUAUCCUGGGGGAAACUGGUUUUGGGAUUAAAAACUAAGGCAAAGAAGGCAUUAAGUAUCUCAGCCUUUUCCUCAUCCCCUGACACUUUGUUACCCUCUGCAUCCAGCAAAGGAUAGAGAUUCUCAUUAGUCCUCCUUUUGCUGCCAAUGUAUUUAUAGAAAUUUUUUGAAGAAGCUUCACUCCUCCCCAGGGAAGAGGAAGCUCCACUGUACCUCUGACAGGCCAGAUGCAGCAAGUGCCAAGAGGGAAACAUUAGAGAACAUUUUGAACCCCUCCCAUCCAAAAAGCCCUUCAUUCCCAGUUGGAAGGGAGCUAUCUGGGCUGUUGUCUGAACUACUUUUGUGGACAGGGGUAACCCAAGUACACCAUGUUUGCUACUUCUAACUCAGGCAAUACACAGCUUACUGAAAGAUAACCCAGCAUUUUUAUGUAGGCCCAAAUAUAUGACAGCGUCAUGUUUUUUUAAAGGAUUGUUAUUUUUCUGUUAAAAAAUAAGUAAUGCAAAAACUUAUUCUUUGUAUUUCCAGUGCAAGCAUACUUCUUUCUGGGUAAAACACAUUUCUUCUCAAAUACUUCUCUCCAAAGGGAAAACAAGUCAAAUUUUACUGGCUUUCAAAAGAUGUUUUUAAAAUGCACAUUCUUGAUAACCUGUUUUGCUCUGGUUAAUUUGGUAUUUAAAAAAAAAAAUGUAAGUAAAAAGCUAAGUACCUUCUCCAGGAUUUAGGUCAAAUAAACAGAUUUCAUCAUGCACAUUCUGAAAAGUAUCCCUGAUUGCAGCUCUGGUCUAGCCACUGAGAAAAUAAGCAUGUAAAAAUGUGUAUGUAUAAUGAUGGAUGUAGCCUAUGUACAGGUGUAGAUGCUGAAGGCCUACCAUGAUGACAUUGUGGUGUAUGGAAUAAAAACUCAUUUUUUGAGAAAUUACAAGAUAAUUUUAAUCAAAAGAAUUGCCGCUUUGCAGAAAAAGGGGGGAAAAAAAAAGAAAAAAAAUAGGCAGAAAAGCACACAUACUCUAAAUAAUAGUUACAAAACGUGGAACAGCUUCCCUAGCUCAUUUAAGGAAGUGCACAGUUCAAACAAUUCUGGAAGGAAGCCUGGGGGAAACUGAGUACAUGUUUAUAGGGGAGACGGAGGAAUUCCAAUUAACCUGCACCCCCAGUCCAGAAGAGGCCAGAGGGAUACUCAAGAGUCGGAAUGCCUAAUGGCUUUUCCUUUUGCGGUUGUUUUCUCCACACAGGGAAAAAGGCAUCAAGCUGAAGUCUAAGUCUCCCAUCUGUGAGAUAGUAUCGUAGCAUGUACCAGGGGUAGACUUUGGCUUUUGUGCUAAACACAAUGAAUAAACAGGGAAGUCUAUUCAAGCUCUAAGAGCACAGAAUAUUAUCGGCCUUCUCCUACCCUCUAAAACUGUGUAAGCUUACUGCACUUUGGGGUAAACUGUUCUCUUUCUGGGACCAAAAAUAGCAGUAAUGAAGGAUUUGUCAUGGUGUGGAUGUGUUUACCUUCUCUGUGCUCCCUCAGAGCCCAUGAAGUCUUUCCUCUGACUUUCAUGACCUUUAGAUCAAAUCCCCCCCUGGAACAUGGUAAGCCCAAUUUAUCUAAAGUCCUCUUCCAUGUUAUUGUUUGUACCCUGCCAAAAUACACUGUGAAGUCAGACUAGCCACUUUUUCCAUCAGCCUGCAAUUCACCAUACAAGCAGUGAUGCCUAGGACAGUCACGCUCCACAGGUUUAAAUUUAUGCUUCAUUAUUUUGUGUCAUGUUCAUGGUCGUACAAAAAUAAAUGAUGAAAUAGCAUUGUAUAUUUAUUGGACAGACAUUUUAUCAACACUAGCUACUUCUAGAUGUGACAAACAACAGGAUAAAUUUGAUUCAAAUUGGUUAAAACUUUUAGUAUUCCUUAUUUGGAAUAAGAAAAAAAAAAGAGCCUUUUCACAAUAUUUUAAUAAUACAGAUAAGAUUUGAUCUGAACAUGAAAUAAAAAACUCAUUUGACCUGAUGUAGCUGUCUGAUCCUGGCACUGUGCCAACACCCAAACUCCUGACAAAAGCUGAGUGGGAUUUUUCAUGAAGAGGAGACUUUGAAACAUCUUUCCACCUAGGGCAUGCCUCUAGAAGAAGGCACAUCUGGGGGCCAUCACCUGAUGCAGCAGGAAGCACCAGUACUGGAGAUCUACAAAAAAGUACAGGAUAGUUCAGGUGUCAGUCCUGAGGUUCACGUGUGGUAUUAAUAAGCAGCUCUGCAAGCAUCUCAGCUCCAAAUUUCAGCACAUUCCUAAUGGGAAGAAAACCAAAUGAGUCCCCACAGACUCUGAAUUUAUGCUGUCUCACUGGUUCUGUCUCCAGGUAUUUCUGUUCUGUGUACUGAUACCUAACUAAAAAUGAAAGUUUUAAUUGUUUACAUUGAUGGUACUUGUAACCAAAUUUUGUAAAAAACUGAGUGUCCUACUGUCAGGAAAAACAGAGGUGAUAGUGUACAGAAAACAUUUUGUCUAUAAAAAAAAAAGCCAGAUUAUGAAGUGAGUUUCACUGGAGGUAGGCUUCAUUAAUUCUCUUCUCAUUAUUUAAGAAGGGGCUCAUCUCUUCAGUUAGUUGAAUAUGCACAUGUUUCAUGGCAUUUACUUAUUGUUUUGAUUAAAUUAUGAACAAUGUCCUUUAAGAACUGCAGGCUUCCCCUGAACUUUCUCCUCACCCCAGAAUGCAUUUCUUCUGUGAAAUAAAGUAGAGAUAAAAAGUCAA